ACCAGAACAAAGGUUGAAAGAAUUCAGCAGUAUUCAGUCUUCUGGAAGAGAAAGUUCGAUCUGAGGGCGAAACUCCGAGCAGUUCAUUUUAUUUUUAGUUACUGAAGUUACACGUUUCAGCAAUUAAGAAAUAAACUCCUGUGAGAUGUGUUUAGUUAGGUAAUGAAAUGGAAACUGACGCACUUCGUCACAGAUGUGUUUCUGAGACUGUCACUUCAAGUGCAGACGUCACUUUGCCAUGUACUGGAAGGCUCUCGUGUUUCUGUCUGUGUGUUACACUUACGUGCAAUCAACCCAACUUCUUCGUGAGAGGAGAAUUAUCAAUGGACACCCAAUACCUACAGAUAGGAGGCAUCCUGCUAACGUGUCCUUACAGAAGUGGUAUAAGGACGAACGGCAGUUUCGACAUUUCUGUGGCGGGGUUGUAGUUCACGUGACAUGGGUUCUAACGGCAGCGCACUGUUUUCCAAGAGGGUCACUUCCGGUUCCUUUAAAGCUGCAAAUAGAGGCUGUGGACUGGUACCACGUGGAGGAGCUGGUCAGAUACCCAUCUCGAGACAAAAGAAUGCCUGACGUAGACCUCGCUCUUCUGAGAACACUGGAGAAAAUACACGGGACUUUUGCUGUUCUACCACCAGCAGGGUAUAAACCCAAAGGUAAAUGCGAGGUGUGUGGACUGGGGACAUUAAAUCCGAAGAAGCACGUGUUUCCUAACACUCUGCACUGCGCAACGGUGCCCAUUGUAGAGGGACGCCGUUGCGCGCAGGCGCUGGGACCAGACGUUAGUCUGCAGCGAGACAUCGUGUGUGCCGGAGGAGGCGACGCUGACGCAUGCGCGGGCGAUUCGGGAUCGGCACUGCACUGCCAUGGUGUGGACGGCGAUGAGAGGCUCGUACUGGCGGGUAUAGUCUCCUGGGGAAGAGGCUGCGCUGUGCAAGGAACGCCUGGAAUCUACACGGAUAUCGCUUCUCACCGGAUAUGGCUUCUACAAACAAUAUCGGGAUCUCAAACAUUAGACAGCGAAGUUACUGCAACGAGAAUUCAUGUUUUGUAAAGUAAAGAAUAAAAAGUCAAGUUUUCCGCCGACAUCUUCGGCAAGACGUCAGGUUAGUUGUAUCUGCAGAUGUCGGAAAAGUCGAUAUUAUCAACAGUUAUUGAAAUUUCAAACAUCUGCAGUGAAAGUAUUCUAACAUUUUGCUGCUUAAAUGUACCGAAUUCUGAUGGAACUUAUUAUUCAUUUCUAAAAAUGCUUUAAAAUUUUAAUGUACUGUCAACAUUUUAUUUCAUGUACUGGUGGUUUUCAAAUUGCUGAAGCUAAGCGCAUCAUGAAAAUUAUAAUAUAUUUAAUGAUGUCAACGUAUGAAGUGUACCUAAGAUACUUAUACAUUAGCAUUCGUAGCCCUAAAGACAUCAGAGCAGAUAAAGUUCGGAACAAUCUUGCCAUCUUCCAGUUCAAAAGGACUCACGUUCCAGCUUGGACAUCUACAAAGUAAAUUAUGCCAAAUUAAUUAUAAUAACACCUAUCGUCUUAUACGGGUGAGAAACUUCGUCUUUAUAUCCAAGAAAAUACAAUAGAGCAGAUAUUUUAUAAUGAUUUCUGUCUUCACAAAGUAUAAUUUGUUUGAUGUUACGUAAAAGAAUGAAAUUGAUGGGACAUGUAAUAAAUUCCACGGAUUCUCAACUUGGAAUAUACACUGAGUAUGUAGUCAA